UUUAAGUGCAUUUGUACAACAUUGACUCUCUCUCGCUCUUUGUCCCAAAUGAAGAAAUUUAGGAUGCUGAAAAGAUUGCAACACAUCACUCGAAAAGAGCGUCGGGGAUUUCUUUGUUCUCGCUUUUGAGGAAUGUGGCCUUUUUUCUCUUUCAGGGAAGCAUGCCAUUAUCCCCUGCCACGUCACACUCGUUCUUGUCGGAUGCUGACAAGACCGAACCAAAAUUGGCUGUUCCCAAGGGUUCUCGCAACCCAAAUGGAGGUCUAAACAAGGUUCAACCUUGGGACGGGGACUUUGUUCCUCGACAUGCAGGCAUGGGAUUCGAUCCUCAAUAUUCGAGGGACAGCUCCACGGAGAAGUCUCAAGUGGGCGCCGGGCGGGAAGCUCCUUCAAAAGUUCGCAAAUUAACCAAACGGAAGGACAAGUCCCCCUUGAAAGCCCCGAACAGUGUCACCUCAUUGAAGCCCGAAGUAAAGACAAACUUGGAAACUAACAGUCAACAAUCGGCUACCCCCACCAAACCUAAAGUUCUUGCCGUCUCUGAUGGUCCCUCGCCAACUGUGCGAAGAAGACCGGACGUUUCUCCACAGAGAGGGAAGAAAUCACGACAGCCCUCCAAAUCCCCCGAAAUCAAGCCUCUCCCGUCGUCAACGAGUUCCAGCGAGGAAAAUAAAACUAUGAAGCAAAAGCUGAAGAAAGAAAUGCUUCCCGAUUUGUCUCCAGAGCGAAAAGACCGAGCCAUAUCUCAAGUGCGAAAGAUGAUAGAGAGCUUCAUCGACGCUGCAUCGACCAAGGCAGAGGUAGAAAUUCCCUCAUUGGCGGAAACGGAAGAGGAGCCCUCGUUGAAGAGUGGGAAAACCGAGUUCAACGUUGAAAUCGCUGCCAGGCGAUUAGUGGUCAUGGCUCACCGAAAUGAUUGGAUUGCCUUUGAACAAGCCCUCAAAGCCAUCGAGCGGCAAACGGAUCCAGCAUUAGUCGGAGAACAACCUGACACCUCAUCCACGGAUCCGAGCAAUCCAGCGCCUCUGGCCCACAUUUACGACCCUGCUACAGGGAACACGCUUCUCAUGUUUGCCGUAAUUGACAACAGGGUCAAUCUAAUGGAGAGGAUAAUUAAUUUGGGAUGUAACAUCAAUGCUCGCAAUCACGUACGUGAUCUGUACGUUACUAGUAUCAUAUAUUCAAUGCGCGCGUAUAAGUUAGAAACAAUGUCUCAAGUUCCAUUGUGUAUAUCACACCAAAGAAUGUCACGUGUCAAUCAAUGUGAAACAAAUUCCAUGUUCCCUUAG